GGUGCAGGGCAGGGUGCUGGCCAGGGAAGCGGCUAUGGCCUGGGAAGCGGCUAUGGCCAGGGUGCAGGAGCUGGACAGGGAAGUGGCGCAGGAGCUGGACAGGGAAGCGGCUAUGGCCAGGGCGCUGGAGCAGGACAGGGAAGCGGCUAUGGCCAGGGCGCUGGAGCAGGACAGGGAAGCGGCUAUGGCCAGGGCGCAGGAGCUGGACAGGGAAGCGGCUAUGGCCAGGGAGCAGGAGCUGGACAGGGAAGCGGCUAUGGCCAGGGCGCAGGAGCUGGACAGGGAAGCGGCUAUGGCCAGGGCGCAGGAGCUGGACAGGGAAGCGGCUAUGGCCAGGGCGCAGGAGCUGGACAGGGAAGCGGCGCUGGAGCGGGACAGGGAAGCGGCACUGGCCAGGGCGCUGGAGCAGGACAGGGAAGCGGCACUGGAGCAGGAGCAGGACAGGGAAGUGGCUAUGGCCAGGGCGCAGGAGCAGGACAGGGAAGCGGCGCAGGAGCAGGACAGGGAAGCGGCGCAGGAGCAGGACAGGGAAGCGGCGCAGGAGCUGGACAGGGAAGCGGCUAUGGCCAGGGCACAGGAGCAGGACAGGGAAGCGGCGCUGGAGCAGGAGCAGGACAGGGAAGCGGCGCAGGAGCUGGACAGGGAAGCGGCUAUGGCCAGGGCACAGGAACAGGACAGGGAAGCGGCGCUGGAGCAGGAGCAGGACAGGGAAGCGGCGCUGGGGCAGGAGCCGGACAGGGAAGCGGCGCUGGGGCAGGAGCCGGACAGGGAAGCGGCGCUGGGGCAGGAGCCGGACAGGGAAGCGGCUAUGGCCAGGGCGCUGGAGCAGGACAGGGAAGCGGCUAUGGCCAGGGCGCUGGAGCAGGACAGGGAAGCGGCGCUGGAGCAGGACAGGGAAGCGGCUAUGGCCAGGGCGCUGGAGCAGGACAGGGAAGCGGCGCUGGGGCAGGAGCCGGACAGGGAAGUGGCGCUGGAGCAGGACAGGGAAGCGGUGCUGGCCAGGGUGCUGGAGCAGGAGCAGGACAGGGAAGUGGCGCAGGAGCAGGACAGGGAAGUGGCGCAGGAGCAGGACAGGGAAGUGGCGCUGGGGCAGGACAGGGAAGCGGCUAUGGCCAGGGCGCAGGAGCUGGACAGGGAAGCGUCUAUGGCCAGGGCGCUGGAGCAGGACAGGGAAGCGGCGCUUGCCAGGGCGCUGGAGCCGGACAGGGAAGCGGCGCUGGGGCAGGAGCCGGACAGGGAAGCGGCGCUGGAGCAGGAGCAGGACAGGGAAGCGGCGCUGGAGCAGGAGCAGGACAGGGAAGCGGCGCAGGAGCAGGACAGGGAAGCGGCGCUGGAGCAGGACAGGGAAGCGGCGCUGGAGCAGGACAGGGAAGCGGCGCUGGAGCAGGAACAGGACAGGGAAGCGGCGCUGGCCAGGGCGCUGGAGCAGGAGCCGGACAGGGAAGUGGCGCUGGGGCAGGAGCAGGACAGGGAAGCGGCUAUGGCCAGGGCGCAGGAGCUGGACAGGGAAGCGUCUAUGGCCAGGGCGCUGGAGCAGGACAGGGAAGCGGCGCUUGCCAGGGCGCUGGAGCCGGACAGGGAAGCGGCGCUGGGGCAGGAGCCGGACAGGGAAGCGGCGCUGGAGCAGGAGCAGGACAGGGAAGCGGCGCUGGAGCAGGAGCAGGACAGGGAAGCGGCGCUGGAGCAGGACAGGGAAGCGGCGCUGGAGCAGGACAGGGAAGCGGCGCUGGAGCAGGACAGGGAAGCGGCGCUGGAGCAGGACAGGGAAGCGGCGCUGGAGCAGGACAGGCC